AUGGGGACAUCAAAGUUCCAUAAGUUUACAACAUCGUAUGUGAUGGUGUACAAUCGGGGAUACCAGGACCGAGGAGAUGUGGAGAGUGCUGUAACAACAAAAGUAAAGGGUGUUGCCUACUCCAACUUCUCAGACGACCAGCUUCAUGUCCCAGAUGCAUACAAACCAAUGUAUCGUCGAAUCUGGGACGUGGCAGACCAGGUGAUUCCUGCAUCAGAGAAUAAUGCUUUCUUUGUUGCCACAAAUGUCAUCAUCACUCCAAAUCAGACCAUAGGGCUCUGUCCUGAGGUCAGGGUGAGUACCAUCUCAGAGCACAGUGUGACCAUUGACACUCAUGCACUACCUGAGGUGCUCUAUCGAUUGGCACCAGUUUCAUUGUGGGACGACCCAGCAGUUCCUGGUGCAAUCUGUGAUGAUGACCCUUAUUCCUGCCCCAUUGGAGAACCCUUCCUCCUCGGGAAUGGAGUCAGGACUGGUAGGUGCUCUAACGAAACCGAGGGGAAUCCCCGUACCUGUGAGAUCCAUGCCUGGUGUCCUGUGGAAGUCAACAAUAUGCCCCUGUUGGUUGCUUUCUUUAUCUUGGGGGAUGGACUGGCACUGCUGGAAGGUGUUCAGAACUACACUGUCCUUCUGAAGAACUUCAUUGCUUUUCCCAAAUUUGGGGAGGAGUAUCGCAGGAGGAAUAUUCUGGACUCAUACACGAAGGAGCAACUGAAUUCAUGUCACUUUGACCCCAAGAAUGAUUCAUAUUGUCCCAUCUUCACCCUAGGAACCAUUAUUCAAGAGGCUGGGAUCUCAAAUUUCACUGACAUUGCAAUCUCGGGUGGAGUGGUGGCAAUAGAGAUAUCAUGGGACUGCAACCUAGACCGCGACUUCAAGAGUCAUUGCCUUCCCAAAUACGAGUUUCGUCGGCUCGACGAUCCCAACGCCAAGGUUGCACCUGGCUGGAACUUCCGGUAUGCACAGUACUACAGGGAUGAUGUUCGUACCCUCUUCAAGGUAUUUGGGAUCAAAUUUGUAGUGAACGUGUACGGAGAGGCCCGGAAGUUUAGCAUCAUUCCCACUCUACUCAACAUUGGAUCUGGUCUUGCUCUCCUUGGAUUGGCUGAGGUGGUGUGUGACCUGGUGGUGCUCUACAUCUUCUCUAAGGGCCCAGUGUAUCGGGAAGCCAAGUAUCAGGUCGUCCACGGUGAAGAUGCCUAUAAGGUUUCGGAGGGGGAGGAGGAGGAGGAGGUGGGGAGACGUGACAACCGAUCGUAUCGGACGUUUCGCGACUCCUGAGUCCGUGUCUGUCUCGCCAUUCGUCAAUGAAAGCUCGGAAGAAGAUCGCCACGAGACCCAAUGACUGCUAUGUUCGAGACCCAAAGUACACACUUUGUACUGGACCAAUUUUUCAUCAGAGGACAUUUUUGAGUCUCCCUCACAAGCUGGGAAGGCCAUUAUCCACACAGUCGCUCAAUUUUUAUGGUUUUUUUUUUCUCAGUGGACCAGGAUGAUCUUUAUUUUAAAUUUUGAUCACAUUCAUUAAUUUUGAACUUCACUAUAUUGACUCAUCAAAUCAGGGUUUACAUAAUGCAUCACUUUAAUGUUGUCCACUGCACACGAUGCAGUUCGCCCAUUGAUCAUUACUUGGGCAGUGAUUUAGCUGCUGUGAUUUGCAUUGUGAUAUUGCGAACGCGCCAAUAAAUGGAACCUCUGAC